GAUGUGGUUGUUGAUGAAUUAAACAAUCAACUAACUAAUAAAACUGUCGCAGUGAAAGAAGCUCCAUUGCAAUCUAAAAUGGACGAAGAACUGUACCAGUACCAAACAAAUGUGACAUAGCAAGAGCAAUCUACAACAAUGAUAGAAACCACACGGGUUCCUUAUAAUCACAAUAUAGCAUACACUUACUUGUAUCCUUCAAAAAGACCACCUGAUAAUUUAACUGAGAAAACUCGUAUAUUCAAAUUGAAAAAUGCAGCCAAAUCGAUAAAUUUAAAAGAAGGUAAAAACGAAACCAAAGAUACUGGAGAUCUAUUGAUGCUAGUCGAUGAUUUUAGUGACUAUUUCUACGGGAACGUAAGCCAUGAUGUAUUUACAAUCCACAAUAAUUCACUAGAUAUCUUCAAUGAUGUAUCCACAAAUUGUACUUUUAAUGGAACUUUUAACGUGUCUUGCUUCGGACGGUUCGAUAGUGGUCCUGAAUAUAACUUUUGGGCGUUAUUACUGUUAAUAUUUCCAUUUUUUACGUUAUUUGGGAAUGUGUUAGUGAUUAUGAGUGUGGUGCGGGAACGGACAUUGCAAACUGUGACAAAUUACUUCAUAGUUAGUUUGGCGGUUGCUGAUUUACUGGUUGCUGUCGUCGUGAUGCCGUUUGGAGUUUAUUAUUUGGUGAACGGGUCGUGGGGCUUGCCUGCGUUCAUAUGUGACGUGUACAUCGCAAUGGAUGUGACGUCAUCAACUUCAAGCAUAUUCAAUCUAGUCGCUAUUUCUGUUGAUAGGUAUAUCGCUGUAACACAACCAAUAAAAUACGCGAAGCACAAAAACAACAAACGGGUCUGGUUCACAAUAGUCCUCGUGUGGCUGGUGUCGGCUGCAAUCGGCGCGCCGAUAGUCCUUGGCCUCAACGACACGGCCGACCGGAACUUCCAAGAGUGCCUCUUCAACAACCAGAACUACGUGCUCUACUCCUCGUUGGGCUCCUUCUACAUCCCCUGCAUCAUGAUGAUGUUCCUCUACUAUAAUAUUUUUAAGGCGUUAAGAAACCGUGCCAAAAAGCAGCGUGCAGCGAAGAAGCCACCAGUGUCCGAUACGUUGACUGGAGCGACUACAGCAGUGGUCAUAGAAAAUGUAGCACAGACAAGGCAAUUGGAAACAGCGCUAGAUGACCGACCUACUGGAUCGGGUAGCAACGAAGAUGACCAUGAGGAUAGUUUCGACAAACGGUCAGUGGACUUAGAAGCCGAUGCUGACGAAUGCCACGUGAUCCCUAACAACAAAUCCACGGAGUUUAUGCUGGCUUCUUUACCUGAUGACAAGAUCAAAGCACCAAAGAAAAUUAUCAAAACACAAGCAAUGCCAGACCCAAAUGGCAACAAUGAUUCUGGUUACGCCCCAUCGAACCUUGAAGAUACCAUCAGAGAACACGUCUCCCCUCCCGGAUCACCAGGAAUGAAGGAUGCUACUGUGCUGAAGAAUAUGUCCUGUGAGUCUAGAUGGAAGAAGAAUGGGAAGAGAGUUGAUACAGAUUCUAGAAAUGCGUCAAUCGCCUUCCGAUCCGAUGACGAUCUUCGCUCCAGUCAUUAUGACAUCCGCGAUGGUUCAACUUGUAAAAAGGAAAGAAAAGCGAGUGCAGCCACCGCAAGAUUCACUAUAUAUAAAGCCAAUAAAGCUAGUAAAAAGAAAAGAGAGAAAUCAUCGGCUAAGAAGGAAAGAAAGGCUACAAAAACACUAGCUAUUGUUUUAGGUGUCUUCCUUUUCUGUUGGACGCCAUUCUUCACGUGCAACGUCCUGGACGCCAUUUGCGGGAAGUUCGGCCUCCAGUUCUCCCCCGGAGUCACGGUCUUCAUCCUGAACACGUGGCUCGGCUACAUCAACUCCUUCCUCAACCCUGUCAUUUACACCAUCUUCAACCCUGAGUUCAGAAAGGCGUUCCGCAAGAUCCUCAAGUGCAGUACCUAGCCCGUUGAUUAUUUGGUCGUUUUCACACAGUAGAUCUCACCAAUUUUGUAUCUUGUUAAAAUAAAACUAUUGGUAUUUAA